UGUCCCUACAAAGAGAGGGAGCAGGGAGGAGAAACGACAGACAAGGAUAGAGAGAGAGAGAGAGAGUGACUGAAAGAGAGAGAGAGACGUCUGAGAGGGUCUGCAUACGGUCUGCCCAGGACAGAAUGAUAAAACAGCAGGCAGGCAUUGGAGAGUAAGCUUUUUGUCAGCUGACAUCCACUACAGUUGCAACGGCAUAGGAGAUGCUGAUGUGAGAAACGCAAGAUCAACUUUGUAUGCUUUGCAUCACAAAAGGGCACUUUUUGUCUCUUCUGAAAAGGGCAGGAAUUGAUGAGUUGCCGCAUCUAAGAGCGUCUAGUCAUGGGUGACUGUAGGGAACUUACUGAAUAGAUUUUAGUGCUGCAUCAUGGUUCAGCAAAGGAGCCACAAAUACUCGUCAGUCAUGGACAGCGAUUCCACCAGAGAGGCGUUUGCGGGACUGGCAGCAGAUGAUGACGCUGAGGUGUUUGGACACGUACCGUCCAACAAAGACCCCAACUGGUGUAAAACCCCUACUGGGCACAUAAAGAGGCCAAUGAAUGCUUUCAUGGUGUGGUCUCAGAUCGAGAGGCGAAAGAUUAUGGAACAGUGGCCUGACAUGCACAACGCUGAAAUUUCCAAGCGUCUCGGAAAACGCUGGAAGAUGCUCCCUGAUUUCGAAAAGAUACCUUUUAUCAAAGAGGCGGAGAGAUUGCGCCUCAAGCACAUGGCCGAUUAUCCUGACUAUAAAUACCGUCCCAGGAAGAAGAGCAAGGGGUCCACUCCUGUGAAACUUGGGGAGAAGCUUCCUCUCAAAUCCAGCAAGUCCCAUUCGGGAAGAUCUACUAAAGGGCUUAAGAUCAAACCUGCUUCUUCCAAGCAUAGAAUGAACUUCAACAGCAAUAAAUACAAGAGCUACAGCGAGAGCAUAAGCGACGAUGACACAGUGGAUGUAGACUUGGAAAGUCCAGUGAUACUGCAAGAAGAUCACAACCAGACGAGACAUUUUGUCCUUCACCAGCAAGCUACCAACUCCUCUGAGGACCAGCAACCAGUACUUGAGCUCAGAGAGAAAGUGCCCAUCUCUCAAACCAGCAACAUCCAACAUCCAACUUCUGAUAAUGAGUGCCCGACUCCUCCAGAGCCACGGGGGUCGACCUCAGGUAGAUCCUCAACUCCGACCUCCACCAGCUCCUCCUCUUUGGUGUCCUCGGCCUGUUCAGAUGAGGAACUGGAGGAGGAACUCUUGCACAUCAUAUCUAACAGUAUUCCUAUGGACUGCUCCACUCUGGACAAGGACUUUGAAGCAUUUCAUGCCAACUCAGGAUCCCAUUUUGACUUCCCAGAUUACUGCACUCCAGAGGUGAACGAGAUGAUUUCUGGAGACUUGCUCGUACCCAGCAUCUCAGACCUAGUGUUCACUUACUGAAGUCCAAUGUAAUGUGACAGGGCCUGCAUAGCUGCCAAUUUGAAAUAUCAGAGGUCCUGAAAAUAUUUGGUCCAUGUCGUACUUGGACGAUUCCUUUUUUCCAUGUGUUUAUUUUUCUCAAUGAAUUCCAUAAGUGCUAUUGCUUUUCCGUUCCAAGCAUGUCACAUCUUGUUGGUUUAGCUAAGAGACACGCAGGCCUCUGCAGAGCUGCUCAGUAAAAUGCUCAGUUUAUCGAUUUCUAUGAAGAGACAUCCACAGACAUCAGCCGGGUGUAAUUUUCAGUUACAUGAAACAAAGUUUUAACAGCUGUCUUGAUGAAUGUUUUAAAGCUUACAUUAAUGUCUCUAAGCAUCUGAUGGGCAGCAAUAAAACUCAGAUCGGUUCCAGGCGAAGAUCUGUAUCUAUUUAAUAUCCAGUCAUGUAAUUUUCAUGACAGCUUAUAACAUUGAUAGUGCUGUGUUGCUACCCUUAAUCAUCUCCAUGAAGAGACGUCAAUGAAUGUUUCGAAAAUGUGCAGAUCCCCUGACGGUAUUCUUGCAUUAAUAUUAAAAAACUAAAUUGGAAAGGAUUAAAAGGAAAAGAUGAGUGAAAUCGUAAUGCGUAAUAAAAUUUGCAGCCUAUGUAACGCACACAGCACAGCAACCAUAAUGCGGGAACCUAGCCGAGAAUAUCACUGCAGACAUAAUUCAUAUCAUAUUUUUUAAUUAGGUAAUAGCACUUUCAUCGCCUCGCCAUUGCCGCAGACCGACGCACAUGUGUGAUUUAAAGGCAGCUCUGCAUUGGCCCUGCGUGCAGGUGGUUGUGUGUAUGCGAGUCUGUUGUGCCUGAACUGUGGACAGAGGGUUUGGGGUGUGGGGGUUACGAUUGGUUCUUUCAGGAAACUGUGCAUCUGUCCAUGCAGGCAGCAGCUUUUAUGCAGGGGUCGAACCCUGCGUUCACUGAGCGUCUGCUGGGGGUGGGCAGGCUUGGGGGGCCUCCUGCACCGGUUCACUAAAACGCGCUUAAUGUCUGCAGCCCGGCUGCAGCUGCCCCGAUCGGAGCGAGAAAUCUGUGUCUGCCAGCUGGCCCCCAUUGACUCUCUCAGGGAUUGUUUGUCUAGGUCCUAGUGCCUCCCGUAGGUAAUUCAUCUGUGAUGAUCUGUGUGUGCGUCUCUCUCACCCACACUCUCGAAGAAACCAUCUGAGGUGACAGAUUUCUCAUUGGGUUUCCAACAGGACCCAUCCCUUUUUCACCAACAAGCUCUUAAUAAUUUCAGCUCGGUUUGGCACAACAACAGUUAAACGAAGGGACAACAAACCCUGCAGUUCAUAUCUUACAUAAACUGCUAAUCCUCUUCAAUUCCUCAAGAUUCUGUGGCAUGGUGCGCACCCUCAGCUGAUAGCUGAAGACGUCAGAAUGAACCUGCUGGGUGGUUUAACCUCACUGUUUGGACCACUAAAUGACUACUUUUGUCACAUAGACCACAGUGGCAUACCUAGUUUUCAUCUCGCUGUGUUCCUUACUGUAGAAAAGAGCUGACUGAGAUAGUUCUUAUCAACUGUAUAACCGGUAUUUUAGAAAGUCUUAGUUUUACCAACCAGUUUUUAGUACAUACUGUAAAGUGACACCACAUACUGAGGUACAAUCACACACACACGUUAUUCAGGUAUCUGUACUUCAACUGAAAGUGAAACAUUUAUAGACAGGAAAGGAAACACGGUCUGUGGUACACGAGGCCUUCUUCAUAAAACGCAAACAUAUUUGAGGAAUCUGAGCAAUUUGUACAAAGAGGAGCAAUAGGCCUCAACAUAUAUGUAUAGUAAUGAAAAAUUUAGUGCUUUACAAUGGAAAGCAUUUAAAUGCUCAAAACCGUAGAAACCUUUUAGAAGGUUCGUGGACAUUUUCAUUUCUUUAAGACUGGAGCAAUGGACAGUAUUAAUUCAUAAUACAGUAGCAUUAGUUGUAUUAUGAAAAACCAAAAGUUUGCAUGCUUCAUCAGGAUAGUGAAAGAAAUUAAUAGGCUUGAGCCUUCAACAAUCAUCAGGGAAUUUUUUCAGGAAUGCAAUACAUUCACUAUUGUAAUCCAGAUCUUGCACACUCUAAAGGGGAUCGCACACCGGCCGCGCAGCUCAGCGCCGCGCCGUUCUAAAAAAAUUGAACACAUUGUUUUCUAUGAGUAUACGCACACCGGCGCCGCCAGGUGGCGCCUGUCCGCGCCACCCAGCUGUGACUCAGGAAGUUGCUCAAAUCCCUGUCGUGCCACACAGCACCACUCACAUAGUUUAACAUUAAAUAACAUCAUAUUUGUCCCAAAUCAUUAACGAUUAACAUUGGCUGCUAACGUAUAUUUUGCAUUUUGAAGUAGACGCUAUCUGACGAAGCUCGCGCUAUUUAAUGUGCACUUCCGGUUUACGAUAGCUCCGAGAUCUCCUAGGCGCGACGCGGCGCUGCGCUGAGCUGCGCGCCGUUCUAAAAAAAAUCGAACACAUUGUUUUCUAUGAGUAUACGCACACCGGCGCCACCAGGUGGCGCCUAUCCGCGCCUCCCAGCUGUGACUCAGGAAGUUGCUCAAAUCCCUGUCGCGCCACACACAUAGUUUAACAUUAAAUAACAUCAUAUUUGUCCCAAAUCAUUAACGAUUAACAUUGGCUGCUAACGUAUAUUUUGCAUUUUGAAGUAGAUGCUAUCUGACGAAGCUCGCGCUAUUUAAUGUGCACUUCCGGUUUACAAUACCUCCGAGUUGUUCUAGACGCGACUCGACGCGGCGCUGAGCUGCGCGGCCGGUGUGCGAUCCCCUUAAGUGUGGCAGCAUUGUGUCAAAAUGGUCAAAAUUUGGUCACAAACUGUCACUGGGCCAGUACCCUUAUGUGUACCAUUUAGGUACUCUUUGGUACCAUUAUAUACCUCUGAGGUACUAAUACGAACUUUAGGUACAAAGGUUACCGCCCCAGUAACAACUAGGGACCGUUUUUUGACCAUAUGACAGUGACAUUCUGAAUUUAAUCGCCACACCUGAAGUUCACACCUAGGGACAAGUUCAUGUAAUAAAACAUGAGCCAAUCAAAUCUUUCAUACACUAUGGAAAACUGUAACAGGUUACACACUGAACCAAUACAGUACCAAACACCAGCAGUCAAACGGACUCAGGACAAAAACAUCAGCCCACUGUGGAUCAAGGAUGCACUCCAUUGUAUGUUAUUGUAGAUGAUCUGCAGUACAACUGUAUGUAGCAUCAAAGGUCAAUCUGCAAAGUUGUACCUUUUUAAAUAUUAAAUAUCUUAAAAUCCAAUAUUUCUUUUGGUGCAUUUUUCAGCUGUAAAUAAAACGUGUAUUUAAACGUAUUGCACUUGUGCUCUGCCAGCAUGUUUUUAUUUGCCCAUUUGGCAAUGACUUUUAUUUUUUCUUAUUCAUUUCUGAUGCUGUCAUUUAUUGUUUUGAAAUUUUAGAAAAAGCACUAGAAAAUAGGGUAGACACAUCACAGAUGGGCUCAGGCAAAUUAGUGUCAAAGUGAUAAAUGCAGAAAGCUGUAUAUAACUGAAGCGGUGUAAAAAUACCCAUCUGGUCUGCACCUCCUACUCUGGGCUGGCGAUUAAUGAAUAGCAUUCGGUGGGACUGAAAGCCAAGGACAAUGCUAAUUUCACACAGGCAAGACUCAGCUUUGCUAAACCUGUCAUAUGUGGAGCAUGCGAUUUCUCAGAGCUAUAUAUGUCUGUCAGAAACCUGCUGCCAACAGGCUGCCAAAAAUCACUUAGAAGCGCCACCAAUAAAGUGUUAAAGAGAAUCCCUUUCCAAUCAGGCCUGAAGAUUUUGACAGCAUUAUAUGCAAAAGCUGAAAGACUUCACAAACAAACAGUUUUAAACAUGCAUCAGUGAUGAGCUUCACAUUUAAGUCCAGAGCUUAUUAAUAUUCUGAGGAUUUGGGUGGUGUUGCUUUAUUUAUUACAGUUAAAACAAAGAUCUUUAUUAUUUUUUUAAUUCACAUUGGAGUGGUUUCCCAGACAGGGAUUAGCUUAAGCCAGGACUAGGCCUUAGUUUUAUUAUAAAAAUUUAACUAGUUUUAACAAACAUGCCUUACUAAAAACAUUACUGGUGUGCAUUUUGAGGCAAAACAAAGGGGACUGAUGUAUUUUAAGAUUAUGUCAGUGCAAAUUGUUUCAGUUUAGACAGCUCUUACAUUUAUUUUAGUCUAGGACUAGUCUAAUUCCUGUUGGGAAACAUCCUCAUUUUGUUUUUAAUGUGAAUCUUGUGAAUGUAAUCCUUUACAUAAAAUACAGACUGCAAACUAUGACCAUGUUGCCCCCCAAUGAGAUCUGCCUACAUAGUUAGCUGCCUACCACCUACUGACUGGUUUGAAAUGCUUGCGUUUGGCACCAACUACAAACAGUGUUAUGCAGAGCAGACUCAACGCUCAAAUUACUUCAGUUUGACCGUGGAUGCUAGGCUACUGGAUACUCCAUUAAUAAACAUAAACAUGUAUAGCACACAAACACUGGGAAAAUGAAAGAAAUUCUUAAAGGAAACACCACCGUUUUUCAAUAUUUUAAUAUGUUCUUACCUCAACUUAGAUGAAUUAAUACAUACCUUUCUUUUUUCAAUGCGUACACUUAA